AUGGCGCACGAUAUCUCCCCCUUACCUCUUCGAGUCCCUCCGACGGCGAUUGUCGGGGUUCUGGUCCUCACUCUCUGUUUCUGGGUCGUGCGACUGGCUUAUCGCCGACCGCUGCCUGGAAUCCCAUACAAUCGUGAUGCCGCAAAGCGCCUCAUGGGAGACCUGGCUGAGCUAGGGGAAUGGGAGAAAAAUGGCAAGGGAAUCCGGCCAUGGUUUCUGGCACAAGCGCACAGGCACAAUUCUGCCCUCACCCAAAUCUUCUUGGGUCCUUUUGCGCAGCCGGCUGUCCUCGUCUCCGACUACCGAGAAGUGAACGACAUCCUGAGCCACCGGGAUGCGGUCGACUUCAAAAGAGGGAAGAAGGUGGACGUCUUCAGCGGGCUCCUACCGCAUGCGUUUCCGGCGAUGGAGACGUUCGAUCCUCGGUUCAAGAGCAGCAGAGAUCUAGUGAGGGAUCUCAUGGCUCCAUCAUUUUUGAACACGGUCAAUGUACCCCACGUCUACGCCGUGGCCUGCAACCUGCUUGAGCUGUGGAGUACAAAAGCUCGUAUGGCCAAGGGCCAUCCGUUCAAUGUAUUCAAUGACAUUGUGGAAUUCUCUUUUGAUGCCAUACUGAGUGCGGCAACGGGUCUUGGCCCCGAAGGCGGAGACGUCAAACGCCAGCUAUCUCACUUGGCCGCUGUAGAAGACGACGGAUCAUACGUCGUUGACCGUGAGUUGGAGGUUGACGAUCUUGUCCACCUCCCCGCUGCCGAACAGUCACUCAAGCUCUGGGCUCUUGGUGUCAAUGAGGAAUCGCUCUGGAAAGGAUUCUACAUGCCUUGGCCUCGGCUGUACCAUAGAGCUAACAAACUUUUGCCGUCAGUGCGCAAGGCAGAAGGAACUCUUAAAGAGUACAUGGAAUCGCAGAUCACCGCGGCUAUUCCAAGGCUGUCUGAAGGGGGCCAUCCGGAGUCGGCCCUUGACUACACGAUCCAACGGGAGAUGAAAGCUGCCGAGAAAGUUGGCAGGGAACCCUUCUUCCGAGACCCCCGCAUUCUCGACCAGUUGUCUGGUUAUCUCAUCGCUGGUCACGAUACUUCGACGGGUUCCCUGCUCUGGCUGAUGCGGAGGCUUCUCUCCCACCCCGAAGAGCAGAAAAAGAUUCGAGCCAAUCUGCGCGAGACUUACAGCGCCGCGUGGGAUGAGAAGAGGCUACCCACCCCGGCCGAAAUCAUCCACCGUUCCCCUUACCUGGAUGCUUUUAUUGAGGAGGUGUUGCGGUUCAACACCCCGGUCGUGACCAUCAUGGUAACGACCUCGAUGAAUACUAUUGUACUCGGUCAUCCAGUUCCCGCAGACACGCAAGUCUUUCUCAACCUUACAGGUGCAUCGAUUAACAUGCCUUCGGUUCCCGUAGAGGAGCACAUGCGGAGCGAGACGUCCAGGACAUACAAGCCCGCGAGACAAGAUUGGGACGACCUCGACCCGGGGGCGUUCCGGCCGGAACGCUGGCUCAAGAGAGGCGAAGACGGUAAACUAGUCUUUAACGCGGCCAGCGGGCCGACCUUGGCUUUUAGUGCCGGGAACAGAGGUUGCUGGGGCAAGAGGCUCGGAUAUUUGGAGUUGAGGGUUCUGCUGACAUUGCUGUUAUGGAAGUUUGAUUUUGAACUUCCAGAGAAGCUAGUGUCUUGGAAUACGUACGACUCUCUGGUCACGGCGCCGAAGGAAUGUAUUAUGCGUGUUUCUGAAGUAUAUCAGUGA